ACCCAUUGGGGUCUAAACUCUCGGAGCAAUCAUGAAUCAGACGUCAUCAGAGGGAAGGCGCGCAGGAAUCCAAAAACCAAUUUUGACUUGCACGACCAAGGAGUUCACGACGUUCCAAAUAUCUUGUUGCACGACCGUUCCGAGGUCGUCUCAUCUUUUCGCAAACCUCGACAACCAACAAAGAAGGCAACGAGAUCGCUUCAGGAAGCAAGACGAUGAAGGCACCGAGAACACCUUCGCCCAAGAGGUGCAGGGAAGACGACGAUAGUCUGGAUUCCGUGUCGUUCCACUCAUCUAGCCAUCGCUUACCGGAUUCGUCCAGCGCAGAGGAGGAAUGGCAUGAGAAAAGCGCUUCGAGAAGAUCCCCGCUAUCAGUGGCACUUAUCUUUGUCUUUUGUGCGGGCAUCAUCUUUUUCACGUCGGAAAGUAUACGCUACGCUAGCAAAGUCGGGGUGACCUAUCCCGAAAUUGAGACAGAAUCACUUGUCGUCACAUCAUCACACAACACCGGCGAUACGCGAUCUCCAGUUCCUGUCACCCCAAAAGUCGUGUCACCGACACUAUCAUCGUCACAAGGAAAACAACAGCACUAUCACCAACACGCAAAAACCAUGAGAAAUGCGAAAAAAGGCAAGAAAGGCGUAAAAGCGAAAACGGAGGCAACACAAACUACAAACCAAGUUUCAUCACAGCAGCAUACCACCAAAGCAUUGCCUGUUCGUGGCUUAUCUGACAAACAACAAACAGCCAUACAGCGAAAGCUCAAAGGAGGCCGAGGGCGGGGCCGGAGGAGGAGGGGAAUGGGUGGAAUGGGAGGCGGGGGCCGGACCAAUCUUCGCAACGACCUUCUCUACCUAAACGGCGGCCUGACACCUCGGGCAUCGCCCAACGUUGAAACGACGCCACAACUCCAAAGAAUCAUGACCAACGUUCAGAUUUUCCAACCAGGCAUUGGAUUUCUCCCACAGGGAGCAAAUAUCAUUCUUGCACCAGGACCAAGACGUAGGAGAAGGAGAGGUAUGGGCAUGGGUGGGGGUAGGGGUAUGGGCAUGGGCAUGGGUAUGGGUAGCAGCCGAUCCCGUGACAGUGAACGAACGCCGCGUCCGACUGCAGUGCCAACACGGCGGCCUACACCAGUGCCCACUGAAGGCAACGAUCCAUCUGCUUCGCCAUCCCGAACACCCUCCCGUUCUCCCAGCAGCAGUCCUUCCUCUUCGCCUUCGGUACAACCAAGUCUCUCCAAGGCGCCGUCUCGAUCGCCCUCGUCAAUACCGUCCAGUCAACCAAGUCUGUCGGCCAACCCUACGUAGUAUUUCCUGGAGCAUGAUAGGGUUGCUGCUGUAUUGGCUUUAUAAUAAAAUCAAUAUGUACAAUAUGUCACUGUUCUUUUAAAAUGUACCUGCUUUUGUUGCUCCACAAAGAUUUGAAUGACUUCCGGGCCU